AACGUUUGCCACCACCUGCUCAAAGCUGUGUUUUCACCCCAAAGUGGAGCCAGAGCAGAGGCUCCGGGAAGCGCCCUUGGCUGGAGCCGGCAGUGCCGCCCGGGAGCCCACAGCGAGGCCGGCACCGGAGCGUGCCGGGGGACUGCAUGAGACCCCGAGUCCCGCCAGGCAGGGCCCAAGCGGGGCCAUGGCCGCGUGCCGGUGCCCUCCGGCUCCAGCUGCAUUCCUGCCCGGCCGCCUCCGCCAUGAGCGGGAAUGCGGCCGGACAAAGGGCACUGUGUCCCCAACCUCCUCGCCACAUGCUUCCCCCUCCUCACGUAGCGCCAAACUAAAUGUCCCCUUUCAGCUUUGGCCCCACCAGCCCCCACCGCCCCGGCCCUCCGGCGCCCAUUGGCCCGUGCCGAGGGGCCGCCGGCAUCGUUUGGCACUGCUGGUUCUUAAACCUCAGCCCCAUCUUGCUGGCAGCCUUCGGCACGCCGACGGACCCGUGCACCGCCGGCUGUCCAUGCGGCUCGGACCCCGACGGUGACAGCAGCCACCAUGUCGCAGGGCACCGGGGGCAGCGGCUGCCUCCUCCUCGCCGGACUCCUCUCGGUGCUGGGGCCGGCGUUGUCCAUCCACGUCUACACGCAACGGGAGGUGCACGGCACCGUCGGCUCCCACGUCACCCUCUCCUGCAGCUUCUGGUCCAGCGAGUGGAUCUCCGAGGACAUCUCCAUCACUUGGCACUUCCAAGCCGAGGGCUCCCGCGACAGCAUCUCCAUAUUCCACUACGCCAAGGGCCAGCCCUACAUCGAUGACGUGGGCACCUUCAAAGAGCGGAUGGAGUGGGUGGGCAACCCCUACCGCAAGGAUGGCUCCAUCGUCAUCCACAACCUGGACUACACCGACAACGGCACCUUCACCUGCGACGUCAAGAACCCUCCGGACAUCGUCGGCAAGUCUUCCCAGGUCACGCUCUACGUCUUCGAGAAAGUGCCCACCCGCUACGGCGUGGUGUUGGGUUCCAUCGUGGGCGGCGCGCUGCUGCUGGUGGCCCUGGCGGUGGCCCUCGCCUAUCUCCUGCGCUACUGCUGGCUGCGGCGGCAGGUCGCCCUGCAGCGACGGCUGAGCGCCAUGGAGAAGGGCAAGCUGCAGCGAUCGGCCAAGGACGCGUCCAAGCGCAGCCGGCAGGCGCCCGUGCUCUACGCCAUGCUGGACCACAGCCGCAGCGCCAAGGCGGCCGGCGAGAAGAAAGCCAAGGGAGCCCCGGGCGAGUCCCGCAAGGAUAAGAAAUAGCGGUUAGCGGGCAGGGAAGGUACCGCGGGAGCGGGCGACGGGGCUCCUCGACCCCCCAAAGUGGUGAUGACCAUCGAGAUGGAGCUGCGAGGCCAAGGCGCCGAGGCCGCCCGCCCGCCGCCCGCCGCCCGCUCCCCGAGCCGGGGCAGCCUCAAGAGCGCCCUGAUGAGCAUCAUCCACCCCAACGCGGGGCCUUGAGGAACCCCCCCCGGACGCCCACCGGGACCCGGCGAGGAGCGGGGUGUGGUCCUCGCCCUGGGUCCCCCAACCCUUGGGGUCCCCCCGGUGUCCCCCAGCCCCGUCGGUACCUUCCUCUGCGCCGCCGCCGUCCUGCCCGCCGCCGGGCACUGAUGUAACUUUUCUAUUUGAAGACAAAACCACUGAAUUUGGGGUCCAUCCCCCACCCCGGGCAGCCUCGGUCCCCCCUCACCGAGGACCGGGGGGUCCCUAUGGGGACCGGGUUGCCCCCUCCCCUCGCCAUCACCCCAAUCCAUUCCCUGGGAGGGUCCCUUUGUCCCUAAUUGUCCCCUUUUUUUGGCCGUUUUCUCGUCUCUCCCCGCGACUGAGCCCCAAUGACGUCGCGGGGUCCCCCCGCCACGUCCCCUCCGUGCCCCCCUCCCCGUCCCCCGUUAACCCUCCCCC